GCUCAAUUCGACUGCUGGUCUAAAACUGAUGGUCAGUUUUCUGGUUUUAAUGGAGGAUUGAAACAGGUAGGAAUUCACCGGACGAAAUUAAUUUCAGUAUCAUUGGACUAGAAGUCUGUAUCUGUUGGUUGAAUUAUCGUUUAAGAUUUCUAAAUGAUCCUUCCGGGUUUAAGGGUUAAUUAAUCAAUAGCCAUAGCUUUGAGCUCAUCCAAAUUGUUGAUAUAUGUUGGAUUUGGGUCUAGUUUAAGAUUUAUAAACUGCAUAUUCUCACAUUCAUAUAGCAAAAUGAAAUUUUUUGGAUUGAAACGAGUCGAUAUAGAUCAUUGAUGACAAGAUAACGUCACUAAUUUUCAAACUUUAGAAGUUCGAAUAAGUUGGAAUUAAAUUUAGACGUGUUGGUUCAUAUCAAAAUUUUGCUUUGCUUUGUGAACUAUUUAAGUUCUCUGGUUAAUAUUAGGAGUUGACUAGUUAGUAGUUUGGUAUUUUUGGAAAUUUUUAGUGACCAGUUCAUCAGCGACCAAUUAGCCAGGUACCCCAAAGUCCCAUCCAGUUGGCGCUUCCAGUUGCACUACCAAAGUAAACGGCGUCGUUGCAGCUGUCUUCAUCCUCCUCUCUCACUCAGCAAGUGCUACUGGUUUCAGUCUCUGCGUCUUUUCUGCAAUCAAACAUUUCGAGCGCAGACGACUUCUUGAUCUGUUUUGAUCAAUGGGUGUCGCCGGCAGGAAGGGAAAAGGUUACGCCUUUGCUGUAUUCGCCGGCCUCAACGCCGCCUUUGCCGCCAUUGCCGCCAUUGCCGCCAAGUUCUUCUCUUUCUACAUUAUUCGAUACGGCCUGGUGGUGGUGUUUAAUGUCACGAUGUGGGGUUGUUAUGUUAAUAGCCUCAAGGCUCUCUCGUCCCUACAAGCUACUGUUACGAACUUCGCCACCAAUUUCAUCUCCUCUGGCCUUGCUGGGUCCUUCCUGUUCAAUGAAAGCUUGUCCAGUAAGUGGUUUGCUGGUGCAUUCCUCAUUGUAGUUGGUGUGAUCAUACUCAGCAAUUCAAGUAUAGAACACAAGGAACGGACUGAUUGAUGUGAAUCGAUUUCGGUAUAUGUUGUGCUCGUGUUUUCGGCGGUACGAGAACCAGUGAGGCUAGGUCAUUCUAACUUUAGAAACUAUGUAUGUUUCCAUGUCUAGUGCUGUGCUUUGUGAAAUUCAUGCAUGGUGAACCGCUGUCAGAUGAGAUUCAUUCUUAUGUGUAGUGUUGAGUUUUGUAAUUUACAUCUCGACUGUACGAUGUCUCCAAUUCGGUUGUGCUAUGCUAUGCACAUGUCGGGCUCUUGUGUUUCCAUAACGCAUUGUUGGUUGAGCAUGGUGAAUCGGUUCUUUUAUGCCUUUAAUGAUGAAUUGAUGAGUUGUUGGAUUCUGACUGUCAGUUUGAUGCAGUAGAAUCUCAGGUUUUCACUGUCCAGUUUUGAGAAAGAGUUCUUGUUAGUAUGACUGAUCCGUAAUGUGCUCCAAGUUCUGACUGUAAUCUCCUUCCAUUGGUGAAAAUGGUGGCUGAAGUCAGCUCAGUUCUCAAUUCUUAGUGAUUGGGAGAGGUUGGAUUGUCGGUGAUUGAAAUACUAUGUUCCCACUUCCCAUGCGAAGUAUUAGUUAUGGAUGUGAUUUUGCAUUAGUGACAAGACAUUGUUAGCUGGGGAUAUUGAAGUUGCUUUGCUCAACUUUAAGCACCUUUGGAUGCUCUUUGUUUCUGCAUCUAUAUCGGUCACCCAACUUGUUCAUUCUGGUGCCCAUCAUGUUCAAUU